AUGUAUCCUUCCUCUUCGGAAAUUGAUGCUGACCUCGAACGAUUUAGACGAUUUCACCCCGGUGGCACCUUACUGUGCGUUCCGAAUGCUAAGAAUCUUUCUAAUGAGGAAGUUCGGGGGAUGUUUAACAUUUCGAAAUCUGUAAAAUUUACUAAGAUGAUGAAUCCGACUGACCCGGUUUGUAACGAUGAGGUGGUAGUCAAUCUUUAUCAGCUCGCCUGCGGAUUCUCAAUGCCCGUGGACUCUUUUACUCGUUCGCUCCUUAAUGCAUGGGGAAUUUCAUCGCACCAGAUGCAUCCAUCUCUUUGUUCUGCGUUGAAGCGAGUGCUUUCCAUAUUCAAGACCUACCAUCGCUUCAUAUUGCCGGCAGACGUUCAAAAGUUUAUAACUCCAUUAGGUGGACAGAUACCUGAUGAUGACAGCAGCGACGUUCGUAUAGAAAAAUUCUUCGAUCUACCAAGGAGCCUGUUUGAUGUGUCACUUUCUGAUGAGUUUGUUGAUUGGCGUUAUGAUAGAGAUCUGAAUGCCAAUGAAAUAUCAACCCCAACUCAUGCUGUUCCUCUUAAUCAAAGGCCUGGAGUUACUGUCAUCGAAUCCGACUCCGAGUCCUAUGACGGUUGUUCUCCUAAAGCACCCGAAAUGAAUUCAAUAGAGACCGAUUAUCUUCAAGGAUCUUCCUCUCCUUCUAGUUUGAUUAGAAUUCGCCGAAGACAUUAUAAAACAAAAACGGCUGGUGCUACUUCCUCAGGCGCCCAUGAUUUUGGAGUUAGCAAUGGAAAAACACGUUUCAAGAGGCUUCGUAAAGUAAACGCUUGGUUAACAAAGGAUAUUCUUUUAAAGAAGCAAGCUCGUGUUGUCCAGUGUUGUCCAGUAGGUGGAAUCGCCCCUGCCUUUGACGGAAAUAGAGAGAGCACGAAUUCAGGUUCUAGUGAUGAGGUUCUUGGAACGAACACUGAAAGUUCUAACGAUAUCUCUUCUGGAUGUCCUAGUCCUUUUACCGACUUGGGUGAUGCUGAAGUUCCUUCAGGAAGAGAAGCCGUAAGAGGAAAUGAUUUCUCCAACACUCUUUUUGCUGACGACACCUCAUCUAGUAAAGACAAUGCGACAACUUCCCAUGAUGCUGCUUUAUCACCAGACUGCAGAGAAACUACUCGUGAUAAUGAAGAAAGUGUUAUCCAACCAUCUUUGCCAUCUGAACCCUUGUCCAAUUUUGCUGUAUUUUCUGACGUUGGGAUGAUGGGAAGUGGCUCGACUAACCCUUGUCCGGAAAAUGAAAAUGUUAGAGUAUGCCGACCCACUUCAAUCCCGCAAUCUGACCCUGGCAUUAGUCGACCUUCCGUUGCCUCUCCAUCUCCAGUUCAGUCGAUAACCGAGCCCGAUCACAACAUUUUGCUUCAAACCAUGACAGAACAUUUCAACCAAUUUCUUAAAUUUGCGACUCAACUGAAUGGUGUGCUAAGACAACAUGCUUUGGAAGGUGGUGCUGAUGCCGGUUUGAGACUGGAAAACAUACGGUUGGAGAGCAAAAAUAGUGAGUUGUCUGUCGCUACAGGGGUGCUGACUGAGGAGUUGGCUGGAGCGCGCCAGGAGUUAGCUAACUCGAAAUCCCGUGAAUUGCAGCUGAAACUAUCUUUGGAAGAAAUCGGAGGUGUACUUCCAGAUUCUUGGGAGAACUGACUUGCUCCCGGCUUCAAAAAUCGGUAGGGGCGGUCUGACUUUUGCUUAUUCACCAUUUGCAGCAAUUUUCUUUAACGUAAGACUGCAUUUUUGAACUCUCCAGUAGAGUUCGGCCUAAGUAUCUGAUGGUAUUCGGGGCGUUAAACCAUACUUUUGUACAUGAAGCAACGACGCUCGAACUAAUCAUACAUGUAAUUUUGGUGAUGACGGCAGUAGUGAAAAUACUUUGGUUGGGAAAAUUAAGAUGGUUGGACAUCCAUGUUGAUCGCGGCUCUGAAAUGCUUUAUAUUGAUAUCGUUGUUGUCUGUGGUAUGAUAUUCGCCCCCACUAGUAUAUACAAGUUAUUUCGAAUAUAAGAACUUGUUUAUGCUAGUAGUUUCUUAUCCUUUGUUGGUGCUUGCGGCAGUGUGAUAAAAACCAAUGAUCCUGCUAUUAAAACUUCUCUGGUGACCUGUUUGCUGAACUAGACUGGCUGCUCGUAAUCUUGUGUAAUUAUGCUCUUACACAUUUUGCAAUACCACUUGCCUGACAGCAAAUGCAUAUCCACUUUUAGCUUGUUGCUCCAUCCACACUUCUCUUGUUUAGCACUGCCACAGAAAUGAAAUCCAUAUAUUGAAGUCUUGAGUUUAAAGAAAAACUCAUCAGAUCUUUGUCCUAGUUAGUGUAGUCGCCCCACUGGCAUAUACAAAUACUAAGGAACUGAAGUACUCGUAUGUGCUAGUAAACUUGUUUGUUUAUGUGCUGUUGAUGCUCCGUUACUCGUCUGUUCCUCAAAACCCGGUUGAACAACAAUAGAGGCACAUCAGAUAUUUGCAACUCAAGAAUGAAUAUGACGCUUCAAAAGCUCCGUUACGCCUAUAUAAGUAGAUAUGACCAAAAAUUCCCUGAUACAGAAUGUCCACAGGUUACAUCAAUACCUCCCAGGCGACGACGACUUUUAUUUUACUUUUGCUGGAGAAUCUCUCAAACUGCAAUAGAAGGAACUUUGAACUCGAUCUAGCUUGACUUCCCACUUGUUUAUCGAACCUAAACAAUGGGCUGAUGAAUUUUGCAUUAAAUUUAGGUGUCCCGUAACUCGCCCCGAGCAUGUUGUUUGGAGUGUCACGCGAACCCCCAAAAAUUGUUGUUUGCGCCAAGGUGCUACGUACCUCGCCCCCAAACGACAAUCAUCGUAGUUGGAGUGAUACGUAGCUCGCCCCCAGCAAGUGUCAUGCUGCUAAAUGCUCGCACAAGGGUGCACCUCCUUACUGCAUUUUGCUCGCGCAUGAAUUGGAAAUUUGAGUUUUCUGCUACCUUGAAUUCGCGCAGGGGGCCAAUCCCACUAUUCAAGAUUCGCGCAGAAUUGUAAGAGAUUGAGUAGGAUGAGGGUCGCUACAUCUCUUAAUAUACAUGGGAAGAGUAAUUCUACUGCUAGAACACGCGUAGGACGCAAGCCGUCGCUACUGUUCUUCACUCGCAUAGAAAUGCGUGAACCCUACUGCUAGACUCUCGUAGGACCCGAACCGUCGCUACUGUUCUUGAGCAGUACAUGACUGGAUUAGUGCUGCACUCCCAAUAUUUUUUAUGGGAAAGAUUAAAGCUAAAUUUCAUCUGCUCUGGUUAGCUUUUUGCAUUAAAAUUAUUAGCAAAUCAAUCACAAAAGCGUACAAUGUAAAUGCAUAUCAUGUUGUGUAUGAGAUGAUAGUAUUCAGGGUCACGUUGUGGGAUACCCAAAUGUUAACAUAUACUGCACAUUUUUGGCUGGCACAAUAUACAGUUUAUGCAACAAUAAAAGUAGUGUAGUUUAAUGGAAUGGACUUACAGUACUGGGGGAGAAAAUGUUGGAGGUACUGGUACCAAUGUUGUGAAUAUGGCAAGAUGGGAUACCACACAACCCUCCAUGAGUUUUAUCAUUCAGGUCGCAUGAGCCGAUUGUUGUUUGUGAGUACCCUGCGACAUCGAGCAGCUUCUCAUCUCCAACACGGUGGUUAAUGUAUUUCCCGAGUAUGUUGAUCUUGUAUUCAAACUUGAAAAUUGGUUGACCUAUUGGUGGUGCCUUUGUGCGAUAUUGUAGCAAUGCAAGGAGAUUUUCCUCGUUCUCGCGUCAUGGGAUGGUGCUCGACAGCAGGGUGAG